ACAGAGGAAGAGUCACUGUGGGUGCAGCAGUUCAUCUUCGCUUGAAGUCGUUGAUAGUUCUUCAUCCUGACGAAGAGAUUUAAAAGCAUAUUUCUACGUACUAAACACGAACCCGUAGUUCUUAUCCAGACUCUUAGAGAAAUUCUUCGUCAAGAUGAGCUUCUUGUUUGGCAGUCGCUCAUCUAAGACCUUCAAGCCGAAGAAAAACAUCCCAGAAGGCUCGCACCAGUAUGAGCUGCUCAAACACGCCGAGGCGACUCUGGGCAGCGGGAACCUGAGACAGGCUGUCAUGCUGCCAGAGGGAGAGGAUCUCAAUGAAUGGAUCGCUGUGAACACCGUGGACUUCUUCAACCAAAUCAACAUGUUGUAUGGCACCAUCACUGAGUUCUGCACCGAGACCAGCUGCCCUGUGAUGUCUGCAGGACCAAGGUAUGAGUAUCACUGGGCAGAUGGGACCAAUAUUAAAAAGCCAAUCAAAUGCUCUGCGCCCAAGUACAUAGACUACUUGAUGACCUGGGUGCAGGAUCAGCUGGAUGAUGAGACGCUCUUUCCUUCCAAGAUCGGAGUUCCCUUCCCCAAGAAUUUCAUGUCUGUGGCCAAAACCAUCCUGAAGCGUCUGUUCAGGGUUUAUGCUCACAUCUACCAUCAGCAUUUUGACUCUGUGAUGCAGCUGCAGGAGGAGGCUCACCUCAACACCUCCUUCAAGCACUUCAUUUUCUUCGUCCAGGAGUUCAACCUCAUUGACAGGCGAGAGCUUGCUCCCCUGCAGGACUUGAUUGAGAAGCUUGGAUCCAAGGACAGAUAGACAUUUCAUCACGCAUAUCCUCCUUUUUAAUAACAGUUUUUCCCCUCCUCCGCUCUUUCUCUUCUACCUCUGUGGUUUCUAGCCUCGACUUGUAAAGAAAUGUGUGCCUUCUUCUUUGGACUUCCUUGUUGCUUGUACUGUACGUUUUCUUUUAUUCCCUUAUGUUCUAUACAGAUUUUUAGCCUCUCUGACUUGUGUACAAUACUGUAGUAAAGGAAAGAUAUUUUUCACAGGACUAUGGUUAACGACUUCAGAAGAAAUCUACUGAAUUUUAUAUUGGACCAAGGCGAGGAUAUUUGAAGUGAAAACGGCUUCUCUUUUUCUGGAGUCUGACCGACCAAAUAUCUCUGUUGUUUUGUCUUUCCUUUGUGGACAGAGGAGAGUAACAGGAAAGAUAGUUAACAGUAUGGUGUAAUAAACCUGGUAUUGAGUGUGCUUUUGCACUUGUUACAACACAGCAAAUGAAGGCAGACACAUUCAUGCACAAGUGUUCUAUAUAUAAAGCUCACAGUCAUUUUUUUGGUAACAUUGCUACUAUUCAGAGCAUCUUUAGGUCACAGUUAAAUGUAAAGAGAUGGAUUGUUAUAUAAUUAUUGCAAUAAUAUCCUGUUAAAACACAUCAUCAUGCAGCUAUUUUACUUUGCCUAAGCAAUACAGUGUUUUUUUCACAUUUUCUGAAUGUGAUGAUAUGGUCGCAGGUUUUGAACAAUUACUUGUUACAAAGAUCCUAUAAAUCCUGUUUGAUUAACCUAUUAAUAGGAGCCUUAUUGUCGAAGUAACGACAACGGAAUGAAUGUGAACUUUUAGUUUUACUUGUAUUUCUGUUGAAUCCCUAACCACUUCUUUAUUUUAUGUAUUUUCUCCCUUGGAUUGAAAAGUUAUGUGAUUACUUUUUCAUCUAUACCAGAGAUGGUUGUGGUUGUAGUUUUGCUAUUUUUUACUCAGUGGGUCUUUGUUUCCUAUGAUAGUACCACAGUUAUUUGUUAGGCAGCAGGUUCUGUCCAUAUAGCCGAUGAAGCUGAUUCUCAUCAUGAAUGUCUGGUCUUCCAAAUGUUAAUCAAGGAAAUUGAUUUUUAAUGGCUUUACAUUGGACCUAAACUUAAAUCCAUCUUGUGAUCAAUAUGGUCAAUUUAAAGUACUUAUCACAAGGAACUAACCAGUGGGAUAUUUUCAUCUUAUAAUUUACCAGUUUUAAUAAGAGGCUACUUUAAUAGCAAGACAAAGUCACUGCUGAAAGCUUAUGAAAGCAUGUUGAAAUCACUUUAAUGGUAGUUUAUCCUCUUACAGGUCCAGAAGUGGCAUGUCCACUCAUUAUUUUUCAGUUUAUUCUCUUCCACUAUAUGUUUUUGCUUCAGCUCACAAUAUUAUUUUUGAACUCCUGGUUACAUUUACUAUCUCAUUGAAUAAGGCAUAUGAGGUGUAGGAGUUAAAGUUUUUUAUUUUUUAUUUCACAGUUUUGGUCCAGUUAUUCGGUGGUCGUUUAGGAUAGAGUGGGAGUUGUGGGGAUAAAUGUACCACAUUUAAAACUUUGCUGUAAAAAAAAAAAAUCAGUGUUUUUUUCUGACAAUAUUGUGCCUUACAAUAAAAAAAAAUGUUUCAUGACAGUAUUGAUGGAUCAAACGUUCAAUAAACAUCUAAAAGACAA